AUGACAGAUGAAAAUAAAAAACACUUUAAAAGAGUAGUUAGUGAGAUGACAAGUUCAGAGAAAGUCCAUUUAAGAGGACUUGAAAUAUUAAAUGAAGUAUAUUUAAAACCAAUUGUAAUGAGUGAUAAUAAAGAAUGGUCUUCCAUUGCUAAAAAAAUACAAAGUGAUAUUUCUACUCUUAUUAAUGUACAUAAAAGAUUUUUAGAAAUGAUGGAAGAAGGACAAGCAAAUGCUAAAGGAGAUUCAUUACCAGUAUUUGGAGAUAAAUUUAUUAAGAAUUUACAAUUUUUAAAGAUGGCAUCUAGUUAUAUUAACAAAUAUCCACAAUAUCUUGAACAAAUGACUACUAUGACUAAUAAAGAAAAAGAUAUUGUUAAGGCUCAAAAUAAAGCCAAAGAACAAUAUAUGAAAGAACAUCCUGACGUUAAAAAUAUUCAGGCUAUUUCUUUCUAUUUAAUUACACCAAUUCAACGAAUACCACGAUAUGAAUUAUUAAUUCGAGAUAUGUUAAAAGAUACAGGGAAAGAUUAUGAAGGAUUAGAAAAAUUGAAAACAGCAUAUCAAGAAGCCAAAAAAUCAUCUGAAGGAGCUAAUUCACUUAAAAUUCAAUCUGAAGAGAAUUAUAAAGUAUUACUUAUGAGAGAUAUUAUCAAAGGAGGAAAGGAAUUAGCAAAAGAUGCAAGUGGAAGAAGAUACAUUUGUAGUGGGCCAAUGUUUGUUGUACCUAAUCUAAAAGACAAGCCAAAAGAUUUAUACUAUUUCUUCUUAUUUAAAGAUAUUUUUGUCCAAACAAAAGUGAAAAAGUUACAUGGAGAAAGUAUUAAAAAGAUGGAUAGCGAUAUGGCACAUUUUGUUUAUAAUAAGGUUAUGGAUAUGGAAGAUUUUAAUGGAUUAGCUGAUUGUGUGUUUGAGUCUGAAAAAGAAUGGAAAGUUAACGCUGGUUGGAAAUUGGUUCAAACUAAAGGAACAGAAGAGGUUCCAUUUGUUAUUAAUUUGUUUAUGGGAAAUACAUGUGAAAAUUGUAAGUUUGCUGUUAACAGUGAAGAAGAAAGAGAUGUUUGGGAAUCUGUGUUAUUUGACCAAAUUGUUGGAAGAAGAAAAACAUUAGAAAAUAUUGCAGGAAGAAAAAGACAUGUCACUAUAGACACUAGUAACACUAAUCAUUCAACAACUGCAACACUAAGACAAAAAUUUAUCGAACCAGAUUCAGAGUAUCUAAAAUAUAAAGCACCUAGUGGUGGAGUUUUAAUCAACAAUGGUGAUAUUAUGAAGAACGUUAUUAAAACUUUAGAGUCUAAUGCUGAUCAAAGUACAAAUAAUAUAGAAGAAUUCUUCAAACAAAUAGAUUCUAGAACAAUGACAGAUGAAAAUAAAAAACACUUUAAAAGAGUAGUUAGUGAGAUGACAAGUUCAGAGAAAGUCCAUUUAAGAGGACUUGAAAUAUUAAAUGAAGUAUAUUUAAAACCAAUUGUAAUGAGUGAUAAUAAAGAAUGGUCUUCCAUUGCUAAAAAAAUACAAAGUGAUAUUUCUACUCUUAUUAAUGUACAUAAAAGAUUUUUAGAAAUGAUGGAAGAAGGACAAGCAAAUGCUAAAGGAGAUUCAUUACCAGUAUUUGGAGAUAAAUUUAUUAAGAAUUUACAAUUUUUAAAGAUGGCAUCUAGUUAUAUUAACAAAUAUCCACAAUAUCUUGAACAAAUGACAAACCAUUUAAAGAAAGAAAAAGAUUUACUUAAAGCACAAGAAAAGGCUAAAGAACAAUAUAUGAAAGAACAUCCUGAAACAAAGAGUAUUCAAGCCAUAUCGUUUUAUUUAAUUACACCAAUUCAACGAAUACCACGAUAUGAAUUAUUAAUUCGAGAUAUGUUAAAAGAUACAGGGAAAGAUUAUGAAGGAUUAGAAAAAUUGAAAACAGCAUAUCAAGAAGCCAAAAAAUCAUCUGAAGGAGCUAAUUCACUUAAAAUUCAAUCUGAAGAGAAUGAUAAAGUAGAAUUUAUUUUGUCUUUGAUUGAUGCUGAUUUUGGAAUAUUACCAUCAAGAAGAUUUAUAUGUUGUGGGCCAAUGUACUUAACUAACAAUUUAGUUAGUAAACCAACGCAAUGGAAUUACUUCUUUUUAUUCAGUGAUAGAUUGAUUGGGACUGUGAUCAAAAAGUAUCAUGGAAAAGAAGUUAGAGAUGAAAAAGUAAUGGAAGAAGCUAUAGAAGAAAUUAACAAAAUUGGUGAUUAUCAACAGUUACAAGACUUCCAAUUUGCCAAAGAGAUUGACGCUUUAUUUACUGAAGGAAGUGGAAUAUACCUUAUUGAAGAUUGUGAGAUGGUAAAGAAUAUGGUCAGCUGCAAACUAAACCAAAUUCCAUAUAAAUUUUCAUGUGAAACAAAAGAGGAGUGUGAAGCAUGGAAUUCAUUGAUAUUUGAUCAAGUGGAACGUGUGAAUGUCUUAGCUAAAAAGAAAGUUGAAACAGUUAAAGCUAAUUAA